GAAAACUUGAGGCUGAAAUCGGACAUCAGCCAGAGCGAGACCGAAGACUUUAGAGCCAAAUCAGUCGAAACUGACCCAGGGCAGAGCUGGGAAGAACAGCAGCACCUAACGCAUGCUUUGUCCCUUCAAGGGAAAUCACAUAGCAUGCUGGACGCCUUCUCUAAGAUGUUCACUGAGAAGGCGGAGGUUAAACUGGCCCAUAUUAACAGAAAGCUUGACCUCACAUCAGAGGUGUCGUCCAGCUCGGUCCGAGUGCCGCAUGUCAUCACACCUACCCUAGCACCUUCCCCGGCACGCGCCCCAGCCCUGAGAACAAAUUUUGGAAGGUUUGAUCGCAUCAAUCCACCUGUCACCUCCACGCAGUCGCCAAAAAUGGCGCAAAAGGUCGGCAAAGAGAGGUCUGGGUUCAAGUGUAUAAAGGCCCUCCCGCCCCAUGUGCCCGGCCCGUAUCAGCCUGGGUGCAUUUCGAGCAUGAUCAUGUCAGGCAACUGGCUGAGUGUGAAUGCGCUCAGCUCAGUCAGCUCCACCUAUUCGGCUGGGGGCUCAGGGGAGAGGCAGGGGAUGUUCCUCAAUCCAAAAGAUUCCCACGUUUUCCUGCCCGAUGCCCCUGAAGACACGGGUAGAAAACUGCCCCAUCUUCACAGGGCUGUCAAAAACGAGAGGGCCCCCCAGCAGCCCUCUGGUUGGCCUGAAACUAGAAUCGGCCCUCAGAGCCACAGAAUGCAUUUGUUUGACAAGAAGACUCAACUGCAGCCUGUGGCAAGCGCACAGGCAGUGCUGGAGCGCAACAGGGCAUGCCUGCCUGGAGGAGGGCAGAAGUCCAUCCUGCCCCCGCAUACAGAAGCCCAAAAACACCAGGAGACUCGCAGGCUGCCGAUGCUGGCUAAGGCCAAAGCCGCGCUGGACCGGUACAAGGCGCGGCAGGCGUCCAAGGGGGUGAACUCAGGCUCGCGCCGUCCGGCCAAAUCCAGAAUCAUCCUGGUGGGCCAAAGCACGCCCCAGCCAAAGGAAGAACUGGCAAGCCUGCCCGCGUUGGCCAUAACCAAAAUUUCAGAGGAGAGCAAGACCCACACCCCAAAGCGUCCCACCGCUGGACCAAAGCGAGGGUUUUUUAACCUAAGGAAGUUCUCAUCAAAAGUGGCACCCUCUACAACUUUGGAGAACACAGAUGAGCUCCCAUUGGACACUCCCACUGAGAUCACGGAGGUUUUCUUCCCCUUUCCGAAUCCUCAAGCAGCCUUGAACCAAGGCUUCCUCCAACUCAGCUGUGACAACUGGGAGAAAAAGAUUUGCGGGCUCAACUCGUUUCGAAGACUGGCCCAGCACAACUCCGGCAUAUUGAGCCCAAAACUUCAUAAAAUCUGCAAGCUGGUCAUGCAGGAGGUGCAGAACCCGCAGUCCCAGGUGUCCCACGUUGCCAUGGCGACGCUGGGAGACCUAUACCAACACCUGCCCGGCGACAUGGACGCAGAGCUGGACUGGACCGCCAAGGUGCUGCUCCAAAAAGCCGCCGAGUCCAACAGCGGUGUCCGACAGGACGUGGGCGUGGCCUUGGGACACAUGCUGCGCAGCUGCAGCCCCGCCCGCUGCAUGAAGGCGCUGCUGAAAGGGGGCCUGAGUGACCGUAACGCAGCAGUGAGAGCGUGCGCCGCUCGCCAGCUAGCGGCUCUCGUCGAGUUUGUGGGGGCGCCACACCUCCUGACGUUCACUAAGAAGCUCCUGAACGACUUCCUGUCUGCUGUCAGCCGACUGCCUCAGGACGCCUCGCAGGAAGUCAGGAGCUGCGGCAAAACAAUAAUGCAAACGCUGUCGGGGCAUGAGGAGAUGAACGAGAAGCUGCUGAAGUUUAUCUCUCAGCACCGCCCAGCCCUUCCCCACCGCCCUCAGUAA